AUGUCUGAAGAAGAGGUAAAACGAUUACUCAAAUUGGUGGAGGAGUCAUUGAACGAAACUUCUAUAACCAUCAAACUAACAAAAAAAAGGAUAACUGAAAUCCCUAUCGAAGUUAUAAAUUAUGCAAUUAACUAUAAUGUUGACAGGUUGUCAAUCGAAAUCAAUCAAUUGUCAAAACUUCCAAAAGAAAUGUCUAAUUUCACACAUUUAAGAUAUCUUAAUCUUUCUCAAAAUGCUUUUAUAGAAUUUCCAGAAGCACUUUGUUCAAUGCCAAGUUUAAAAAUUUUGGAUAUUAGUAAAAAUAAAAUUUGUAAAUUACCUCAAGAUUUUGGAAAAUUGAUGACAUUACAGUUACUGAAAAUUUCAAAAAAUCAAAUAAAAAGAUUACCAAAAUAUAUUGCUGAUAUGAAGGAUUUGCAAUAUUUAAAAAUUGAUUUCAAUCCAAUUAAAUUUCCACCAAAAAGUAUUCAUGUGAUUCCAAAAGGUGAAGAUAAAGAUGUCAUGUUACCUUGGUUAGAAAAUCUAAAGGAAUACCUUAGACAAAAUUCAGAUGAGUCGGAUGAGAUCAAAAAUAGCAGUAGUGAUGAAGAAGUGGAUUGUCAGUUUGAUUCACAAAAUAAUAAUAAACAAUUAAAAAAAGCAACUUCAGUUGAUACCAUUAAUUACCUAUCAUCUAAUGUUAACACAAGACAAAUAGUUGAUAUUGGUGGUGGAUCCUCAUCAUCUUUAAAAACAAUCAAAGAAAGUGAUCAGCCCAUCACAAAACAAGAGAAAAGACGUCUUAAUCCAAAAUUAAGUUUGGAUUUGCCAUUUGCUCAUCGUAACCGAAGUCAUAGCAAUGAUUUUGAUGCAACAUUAGCAAUUUUUAGAAGUAAAUUCGUUCAUAAACAUUCAAAAAGUGCAUCUUCAGAUUCAAUAAGUUCAACACAAAGCCAAAGUGGCAUUGCUGAAGAGAAACAAAGUGAUUAUUAUUUCCAAAAACUUAGGGCACUUCUUCCAGCAGAAAAUCUUCCAAUGAGUGACAUCUCACUAAGAGAAGCUAGUCGAAAUAUUUUGUAUGCAUUUUCACAAGUACAUAAAGCAAUUCGUCAGUUUGCAAUUGUUACUGGGAGUGAAAAAAUAUUUAUGAAUGAUCUUAACAAAGCAGCAAAACUGAUUGGACAGUUGAGUACAGCAUUACAAAUAUAUGAUGACUUUGCAUUACAGACACCUGAUGCAGAUCAUUGUAUUAAAUUGCUUACUACAUGUCAAGAGAAUAUAUCUAGUUUUAAGUUAUUAAUGGAACUUUUGAAUAAACAACUCAAAUCACUUACACAAUCUCCUGAAAAUAUGAGAUAUUCUCGUACACUUCUAUUGAUGCUUCAUGGAGCAGUUGCAGAUAUCAAAUUUGCAUGGGAAUUGAUAUUUCCAUUAUUAAAUGCUCAGACGCCUUACACUGGAAUGUCUACCCCCUUUAGAUCAAAAUCUAUGACAAGAUCAAAUAGUAGUAAUAUUGCUAAUGUUGCACCAUAUUCAGCAAGUGCAGCUUCAUCAUAUUUUUCAUCAUCAUCUUAUAGUUUAAAUACACCUACAAGUGCGGGAUCAGGGCCACAUUCAGCAGGACUGCAUAAUAACUUAAACACGGACUUUUUAUUUUCAAUAGCUAUAUUUAAUCAACUUCUUUCACAAGUGGAAGUUGCAAUUAAAGCUGUAGAAAAUGUUAUAAAAUGUUUAUCAGAUAAUGUGGAGGAUGUUUUAGAACCUACUAAUGAAGAUCAGAUGAAAUCCUCAUCAUCUAUUAAGGAUAAAAUGAAUGAAUUGGUUAAAGAUGCAAAUGAAGUCACCAUACUCUUAAAAAAAUCUUUAUUAUCAGCAAAAUCAUCCACCAAUAAUAAAGAUGAUCCAUCCAUACAACUUAAAGUUUAUGAUGAUACACUGGUUUUUCUUCAGACAACAAUUAAAUUAUGUGAAUUUGCAAAGGAAGUCUCACACAAAUGGCAAUUGAACAGUAAAGUUAAAUCAGGGUUAAGUCAUGUGAUGAAAUCUUAUACUGAAUUAACAGGUUUAUUAAAUAAAAAUCAAGUAUUGUUGGAUAUUCAAAUAUGUAACGGGAAUGACGUUUGUUCCUUAUGGGAACCUGGGUAUUGGAGAAAUAGCGAUUUGCAAAGAGAACAUAUUUUUCAUAAUGUAAAAAGUGUAAACGUUCCUUUGGGUAUGAUUGUAGUUUUAAUAACUCACUCGGACAAACGAUUAAUAAUGCCAUAUGGUUUUUCUGAAUGUAAAGAACGAGAUAUUUGUUCAUUUGUGGCUCGUUUAGAUAUUUCAGCUAAUCUUAGACUUGCUUUAGAUCAAAUUUCUAAAUAUAUUGAAAAUAAUUCAACAAAUGAAAUAAUUCAUUUUCAUAAAGCAAAAUCACAUUUUCCAAAGAAUGUUAUCACACUAGUAUCACAAUUUUCGGCAAAUCGACUAACACGAUUCGAACAAGCAAUAUCGGUUUGGCCCGGUCCAAUCUCUGUCGUAUUAUAUCUGUUAGAUCCCGAAGAUGUAAACCAAUUAGUUAAAUAUUUUGAAAUGGACAAAAAUUUAUAUCUUUAUAAUAGAAUUAGCAUGACCAUAAUCAAACCAAAUUAUUUAUCAGACAAUUAUUUAAAAUAUCCGAUUAAUAAAUUACGGAAUAUUGGCAUUAAAACUGCACCAUCAAACUACAUAUUUGUAAUGGAUGCUGAUUUUGUUCCAACAAGAAAUUUAUAUCAUUUCUCAAUGGAAAAUCUAAUUCCAAUACUAGAAUCACCACCUAACAAUAAUAACGACAAUAACAACAAUAGAUAUUAUCAAAAACCAACAGCAUUUGUAGUACCAUGUGUUGCGAUACAUGAAAAUUAUUUUGGUAAAUUUCCAAAUACAAUAUCAGAAUUGAGAGAUUUAUAUAAUAAAGGUAUAGCUUACAUAACUGAUCCUUUUGCUGGCCACGGUCCAACUGGUACACAAAUUCUAUUAUCACAUCAAUUAUACAAUUCAAACCCUUUCUAUGAAAUAUGUUAUGAAUCACAAUGGGAACCUUACUACAUUAUAUCAAAAUCAUCGCCAUACUAUGAUGAACGAUUUGAGAAUCAAGGCGGUGACAAACAACAACAUGCAUUAUCAUUGAACGCAUUAGGUUACAGAUUUUUGGUUUUGAAAGAUCAUUUUAUUUAUCAUAUGGAUCAUAGGAAAUUGGUUUGGGCUGAUGGUGGCCUAGAGAAAAAUCAGAAACUUCUAAAAGAUUUCACUUAUUUUGAUCAUUAUAUACCAGAGAUGCAGCGUAUUUUUGGUAAUAAUGUUAGAUGGCCAAGAGGUUGCUCUCAUCCUUUUGUAAAAGAACAAUUUAGAGAUUUAAUGGGAAUUGGAUUAAAUUAA